UGGCCGAGUUUCAUUUUCUGAUAAAGGGAUAGCAUUUUCGUUCUUCCUCCACCGGAGCUCCUCUGCGAAAUCCAUGGCCGCCACUGCCUGCUCGUCUCUCAGCGCCAUUCGAAGAGGGUUCAAUUACCAUCCUCAAAGUAAUCCAAAUUGCAGAUUCCAAGCAUUCAAAUGUAGCUCAUCUUUGUUGGGUUCUUUUACCUCUUCCAAGAUUCAUCUGCCAUUGGUGUAUGCCACCCCUCCGUUAAAGCCAGCUGCAAGGACUAUCCCCUUUGCCUUGCAAGAUGCAUCAGUGGCUGCCUCUGACUUCAUGAACAAUGUGUCCUUGGCUGACCUCGAUCCAGGAACCGCAAAGCUUGCGAUCGGCUUUUUGGGGCCAUUUCUCUCGGCGUUUUCGUUUUUGUUUAUUGCGAGAAUAGUAAUGUCUUGGUAUCCCAAGUUGCCUGUGGGGAAGUUUCCAUAUGUUAUAGCUUAUGCCCCCACUGAACCACUCCUAAUUGCAACAAGGAAGGUGAUUCCCCCUCUCGGUGGAGUUGACGUAACACCAGUCGUCUGGUUCGGAUUGGUUAGCUUCCUCAACGAGAUAUUGCUUGGUCCCCAAGGGCUGCUUGUCCUCCUUUCUCAACAGGUCAGCUAAAUCUUGAGAAUGCUUCAUAGAAACAUUUUUGUUUUUUUGUUGUGUGUAUGUAGUUGAUAUUCUUAGCUUAGCCUCUUUGGUUCCAAAUGGCAAAGAAUGUAAGUACUUGGAAUUCUUAAUCAAAGAAAAAUUUUCCCUCA